AUGGCUUCAUCAAACUUGCUACUUGAGGUUCACUUCUUUCAUAUUCCAAAUUCGUCUCCAAAGCAGACGAAUCUCUGUUAUGGAGUCCGUUUGGUGAAUCCCUUAUCUUGCGGAAAGUUGUCAUCUUUAGACUGGAAGAAAGCAAUUGGCCUGAAAAGGGAUGCUAAAAUGAGAUGCCGCGGCUUGCAGAGCACUGUGUGCAUUGACCAUGUUGAUGAUCUUGCGGAGAGAAGCUCAGAACUCCAUCACAAUGGUGUCGGUAAUAACUUCAGAGACAAAGUGAGAUCGAGGAAGCAUUUAGGUUCCUCGGUUCUAUCAUGUGAUGGGCCACUAACCGAGAACGAAGAAGAGACAAACAAUGAGAUACUUCAUAACCUGUGCAGCUACGGGAAGUUAACAGACGCGUGCAAACUUGUCGAGGUGAUGGCACGUCACAACCAGGUUCCUCAUUUUCCUUCUUGCACAAACUUAGUCCGUGGUCUGGUCAGGAUCGACCACAUGGAUAAAGCAAUGGGUAUCCUGAGAAUCAUGGUGAUGUCUGGUGGGGUUCCAGAUACUAUUACCUACAACAUGGUCAUCGGAAAUCUUUGCAAGAAAAGGGAUUUGAGAUCUGCCUUGAUCCUCUUACAGGACAUGAGUCUGAGUGGGAGCCCUCCAGAUGUGAUCACAUACAAUACAGUGAUUCGGUGUAUGUUCGACAAUGGGAAUGCAGAGCAAGCCAUUAGGUUCUGGAAGGAUCAGCUGCGUAAUGGCUGCCCUCCAUAUAUGAUUACAUACACGGUUUUGGUGGAGCUCGUGUGCAGGUACUGUGGAAGCGCUCGAGCUAUGGAGGUUUUAGAGGACAUGGCGGUGGAAGGUUGUUAUCCUGAUAUUGUCACGUAUAAUUCGCUGGUCAACUAUAACUGCAGGCGAGGGAAUCUAGAGGAGGUGGCUCUGGUUAUUCAGCAUAUUGUAUCCCAUGGGUUGGAGCUGAACACCGUGACUUACAACACUCUUCUACAUUCCCUUUGUUCCCACGGGUACUGGGAUGAAGUGGACGAGAUCCUGAACAUCAUGUACCGGACGUGCUACUCUCCCACGGUUAUCACUUACAACAUCCUGAUCAACGGUUUGUGCAAAGCCGGGCUUUUGGGCCGUGCGAUCGGUUUCUUCUACCAGAUGCUGGAACAGAAGUGCUCCCCUGACAUUGUCACUUACAAUACGGUUCUAGGGGCAAUGUCCAAAGAGGGGAUGGUCAACGAGGCGGUGGAGUUACUUGGACUGCUAAGGAACACGAGGUGUUCUCCAGGAUUGAUCAGUUACAACUCUGUAAUCGAUGGGUUGGCGAGAAAAGGUCUGAUGGAGAGAGCAUUAGAGCUGUACAAUCAGAUGGUGGAGGCUGGGAUCUCUCCGGAUGAUAUAACCCGUCGAUCUUUGAUAUAUGGUUUCUGCAGGGCAAACCUAGUGGAAGAAGCGAGUCAAGUUUUGAAGGAGACAAGCAACAGAGGGAAUGGGAUCAGAGGGAGCACUUACAAGUUGGUGAUCCAAGGGCUAUGCAAGAAGAAAGAGAUGGAAAUGGCGAUACAGGUUGUUGAGAUCAUGCUAACAAGUGGAUGUAAGCCUGAUGAGGCGAUAUGUACCGCAAUAGUUGAAGGCGUGGAAGAGAUGGGAAUCGAGGCUCAUCAGUUGCGUGAUAAGCUGAAGCAAUGGAUACUCUUGAGAGAAAUGUAG